AUGAAUGCUCUAGAGCUUAUCGUAUUUGUGGCUCAAUUGGCUUACUUGAUUGUUUCAAGAUCUAAUUCAACCAUGAUAGCCUCUGGCCACGGGAAACUCGAGGGAUUUCCCCCUUUAUCUUCAAAGAAAUCCUAUAGGUGA